UGUUGGAUUUAUAAAGGCAAACAGUUUACCGUAUCAACUAUCCAUACGGAAGUUAACAGUGUUUACAAAAUGGCAGACAGUUACGACAAGGAAAAUAAUUUACAGAAAGUUCUUCUCUCUGUGGAAAAAAGAGUUGAGUCACUGAGAGAAAAAGCUCAUGAAAUUCAAAGCGAAAAAGAAAAUCUCCUGUCAAUGUUGCAGGAUUUGCAAGAUAACUUAUCACUUCAGAACAUUCCAGAAGGUUUUCGUGAAGAUCUGGAGUUUCACACAGAGCGUCUGAUUAUACGAUGUCUGACAGUUGACGUGUCUGUUUCCAUACCCAGGGAUGAAAGCCAGGAAAAUGCCUACAAAAAUGUGAACAGCAUCCUACAGGACCUGGCACAAAAGUGCAAACACGAUCCUCACAGUCAUUUUGAAGUUUUGGAGUCAUAUUUAAAUGCUUCGCUGGCAGACCCAGUCAGCUCCCAUGUGGACUCCCGAUUUCAGUCCAAACUGCUGGGAUGUGGUCUGGAUGACCAGAAAUUCUUUCGCAAAAAACUCGAACAGUUGCACAUCUCAACAAAAACUAAAAUCCAUCAUUCCAGUUCUCAUUCUGCAAGUUUAAGCAAGAGUGUGGUCUAUGAUAAAGUGAGUGCUCAAGGUACAGGUGCCAACACACAGAAUGGGAAUGACAAGGUCUCAGGAACAACAAGGGAUACACAUAUCAGGCAAGAUGUUAAAAAUGAGCCUGACAAUGCUCAACCAUUACAUAAUGAAACCAAUUCCAGUGCCUGGGAACACACAGCUGACUCUGUUGUAAGGGAAAACUGGCAUUGUCAUGAUGUAAAUUAUCAGAGUUGUUCAGAUGGGAUAAGAGUUAAUGGGGAUGAUAAUGACAUAAGAGUUUAUGGAGAUAGUGAUGGGACUAGAGUUAAUGUGGAUGAUGAUGGGAUAAGAGUAAAUGGGAAUGAUAAUGACAUAAGAGUUUAUGGAGAUAGUGAUGGGACUAGAGUUAAUGUGGAUGAUGAUGGGAUAAGAGUAAAUGGGAAUGAUAAUGACAUAAGAGUUUAUGGAGAUAGUGAUGGGACCAGAGUUAAUGUGGAUGAUGAUGGGAUAAGAGUAAAUGGGGACAGUGUUUUUUUUCACUUAUAGGGGAAUGGUGGCGGGGCCCGUCCAAAGGGGAAAAAAUGUGUCGUUUUUUAGGAAAAGGGGAAAAUUAAAAAUUCACUCUUUUACAUGUAAUGAUGUUUAUUAUAUAAAUACACAUGUUUGUAUGAAUAUAAUAUUCACAGCAGAAUGUCUCUGUCCUUUUUCUGAAAUAUAUAUCAAUGAUGUUUUCAACAUUAGUUUCAGACAGUUCAGCCUACAUGCACAGUCUCAGUUUUCUUAGCCAUUUUGAGUCUAAUUGAGUUUUUUAAAUCGAUUAAAUGGCAAAUUUGAGCAUUUUUUAUCAAUAAAAUGGACCAAAUUGGAAUGUUUUUAUCAACAAAUAUUGACACAAUAUAGAUACAUCAGGCCUUUUCCUGGCCAUUUUGGUAAAAAAAUGCAAUUCAUGUGAAAAGUCCACUGAUUUGGGAAAAUCUAAUCUAAUUUAAUAUAACACUUCUUAAUAAUUAAAAAUCAUAUAAAUUAUAGUUAUAUACUUUGUUAGUUAUUUAUGAAAUAAAUUUAAGAUAUAUUUAUCAUGAUUAUGAAACAGUUCUUUGUAAAAAAAACAAAACAAGAUGUGUUUGUGAAACACAAUGUCCCCCUAUAUGACGUUUGACCUUGUAGGAUGACCUUGACCUUGUGAAGGAUGACCUUGACCUUUCACCACUCAAAAUGUGCAGCUCCAUGAGAUACACAUGCAUGCCAAAUAUCAAGUUGCUAUCUUCAAUAUUGCAAAAGUAUUUAUAAAAUAAGCGAUUUGGGCCACAUAUAUUUGACCUCUGACCUUGAAGGAUGACCUUGACCUUGACCUUUCACCACUCAAAAUGUGCAGCUCCAUGAGAUACACAUGCAUGCCAAAUAUCAAGUUGCUAUCUUCAAUUGCAAAAGUAUUCAUAAAAUGAGAGAUUUUGGCCACAUAUAUUUGACCUCUGACCUUGAAGGAUGAUCUUGACCUUGACCUUUCACCACUCAAAAUGUGAAGCUUCAUGAGAUACACAUGCAUGCCAAAUAUGAAGUUGCUAUCUUCAAUGUAGCAAAAGUUAUUGCAAAAUGUUAAAGUUGGCGCAAACAGACCAACAGACCAACGGACCAACAGACAGACAGGGCAAAAACAAUAUGUCCCCCACUACUAUAGUGGGGGACAUAAAAAAAAAAUGUUAACAUCUGGAGGGGAUUUUUUACCAAAUGGGGGAAAAAUAUAUACUCUUUUUUGAGGGGAAUUCGGCCGAAUAUUGGCCCCGAAAUUGCCAUAAAAAAAACACCGAGGGAUGAUAAUUUGUUUGUUGUUUCCCUAUUAUUUUCAUGUAUCUUGAUUUACAAGCAGGAUCUACUUUAUUUGCAAAAGUUGCACAUGUCUAAUAUUUGUUUGUUUUUGUUGCAAAUUCCCUUGGUACUGAUGCAAAUGCCUGAAAUUUAUGAAAGCAGCAAAUGUGUGUAAUAUUAGUAAUGAUGACUUUAGUAUUUAAAUGUACAGUUAAACAUUCAAUAUUUUGACCUCUUGGUAUGGUCUUCAAAAAUGUGCCAUAUUAGAAAAUUUCACAAAUAGCAAUAUACACUGCUGUUACACUUUUAUUAUACUCGGCAUAAUUGUUGAUGCUUUUAAUUUAUUAAUCAAUCAAUCAGAAAUGUUAAUAAAUCCAACCAUUUUAAAAUGGAA